AUGCACUCUACCAUGUCCGCAUCACACCCCAGCCCCGUCAAAGACGGUCGGCGAGUGCUCGGGGAGAAGCACGCCAACGCGUGCCUGUCACCCGCCCACCAUCGGCACGCUUCUGUCUCGCCCCUCAAACAACAACGCUCUCUCCUUGAGACCUCCUCCUCUCCUAAGAAGCUCCUUCCUUCGCCUCUCUUUGCGGGCCAGAAACGUUCUAUCGACCAGGUGGACAGCACCAGCGAACCCCAGAUCAGCCAUGCCAGCGCGCAGCCCCAGUCGCGGCCAGAAGCAUCUCCGAACGUGCAGCAUGACGUUCAGCAGGACUCUCAGCCACACGCGACGCCAGAGACACCAACACAGCUUCUAGAAUCACAACAACACCAGCCACAAGAAGAUACCCACUCCGACCAAACAACAACACCGACAACAACCACACCCCUCAUCCCCGAAGAUCCAGCAACGCGCAAGCGCUUCAUCCAAGAGAAAGCAACCCUCCUCCGCACGCGCCUCCAAACUGCCAUGCGUCACAUCCAAGACCCCCAACUCGACCGCCGUCUCUCCGACCUUGAAGCUCACAGUCGCAAAUACCCUCGUCUAUCUCUUCCCCAAGAACAGCGAAUUAACAUCACUACGCCGACUUCUUCCACAUCCUCGUCCUCCCAGAACCAAAACCAGACCACCCCGCGCCCUUACCAACCUACCACACACCUCCCGCUGCACGAAACCGAGACCCAGAACGCGUCCGGCCUCUCCUCCCCACCCCUAUCCACCGGAACGAUCGCAACACAGAAGGAACAAGAACAAGAUACACAAACACCCACCCAAAGAGCAGAAGAUGACGAUAAUGACGACGAUCCCAUGAGAACACCCACCCAGAAAUCAACAACUCACCACAAUCAUACCCACCGGAGAACAAACACCCUCGGCUCCCCAAUGCAGUUGAGUAGUCCUCCGGCGACGGUGUCGAGGUGCAGAAGUACAGAAAUUGGCAAGGAUAUGGACAUGGGAGAAGACGAGGAGCCGCAGGAAAGACAACGCCGGUUAUCGCAAAAGGGAGAUGCCGUGGAUGGGUUGUUGAAGUUGAUGGGGACGGGGGAGGGUGCUGGAACUGGGGUCGCGUGA